AGAGGAGGAACUGAUUGUUGUAGAACUCCGAUGCUCACUCAGCCAUGCCCAUGAGUCUGGUCUUUGCCAACAUUGAGGAAACUAACACUUUUAAAGAAAGUAAAAUGCCCUUCUGUUGUCAGCCAUUAUGUAUGGAGCCAACAGCUCCAGCCUGACCCCUAAAUUCUUUGUCUUGAAUGGUGUUCCCGGGCUGGAAAAUGCACACAUCUGGAUCUCCCUGCCAUUCUGCUUCAUGUACAUUCUUGCUGUCCUGGGAAACUGUGGGCUCAUCUACCUCAUCAGCCAUGAGGAGGCCCUGCAUCGGCCCAUGUACUACUUCCUGGCCCUGCUUUCUUUCACAGAUGUCACCUUGUGUACCACCACUGUCCCCAAUAUGCUGUGCAUAUUUUGGUUCAACCUCAAGGAGAUUGAUUUUAAUGCCUGUUUGGCCCAGAUGUUUUUUGUCCACACGUUGACCGCAACGGAGUCUGGGGUGCUCAUGCUCAUGGCCCUGGACCGUUAUGUGGCCAUCUGCUACCCUUUGCGUUACUCCACCAUCUUCACCAAUGCUGUCAUUGCGAAGGCUGGUCUUGCCACCUUUCUAAGGAGUGUGACAUUUAUCAUCCCAUUCACAUUUCUCACCAAGCGUCUGCCCUAUUGCCAUGGCAACUUCAUUCCUCACACAUACUGUGACCACAUGUCUGUUGCCAAGGUGUCCUGUGGCAAUUUCAAGAUCAAUGCUAUUUAUGGUCUGAUGGUUGCUCUCCUUAUUUGUGUGUUUGACAUAUGCUGUAUUUCCGUGUCUUACACUAUGAUCUUGCGAGCUGUCGUGAGCCUGUCAUCCGCAGAUGCUCGUCAUAAAGCCUUCAGCACCUGUACAUCUCAUAUCUGUGCCAUUGUGAUCACCUAUGUCCCAGCUUUUUUCACUUUUUUCACCCACCGUUUUGGAGGACACCAUAUCCCACAACACAUACACAUCAUUGUGGCCAACCUUUACCUGCUAUUACCCCCUACAAUGAACCCAAUUGUUUAUGGAGUCAAAACCAAACAGAUUCGGGAAGGUGUAAUCAAAUUUUUACUUGGCGACAAGGUUGUCCUAAAUCAAGACAAAUAAAUUAUAAAAUAAACAUGUAGCUGGGUGGUUGGUGGUUAAAAAAAUAAGGAAGAAGAAGUGGAGGAUAAAUUUCUAUAAGACAUGAAAAAGUGGUAUUGAAAACAUGAGUCCUUUAAUGCAAGAUUUUCUGAAGCAUUUGCAAGUAUAUACAAUGAAAUGUUUCUUUUGUGUAAAAAUCUGCCAAAGAAGAGA